AUGGAAAUUUCCUAUAGAGAAAUAUUUCCUCAGAAACAAUGUGAUAUUCCUUUUUGUAAGAAAACUCAGUGUGAUUUGAGGGAAAUUUGGCUGUUAUUUCUGACAAAUUUGAGUGACUGUGUAGAGGCUACCAUUGCCAGUGAUGUUGUCUGUUGCUUUUUAUUGUUUGUAGAUAUUGCCGUUGAUGUUGAUGUUGUUGUUGUUGUUGGUGGUGGUGUUGCUAUUACUUUGGGCAUCAUUAUAACACAGAAUAUUUUCUUGUCUUCUACAGGUUAUGGAGGAUACAAUGAAGCCAUGGUGCACUACGAGAAGGCUUUGGAUGUAUUGAAAUCAAGAAACAUCCAGUACCGACAAGCGCUGCUGUACAAUAGUAUGGCUCUCAAUGCUUAUAUGAGAGGCAAUCAUGUGGAAGCCUUGAAUUUUGCAGAAAAGGGUUACAACAUGACCAUUACUGAUGCGAGCCCACAAAUGGUGAAGGAUGCAAAGAUCAAAUGUGCCUCUACCCUGGCCUACCAGCUUUCAUUCGUUGGUAAUAACUGUAUUAUGUCUCUCAAACUACAUGCUGAUGGUGUUGUUGUUGUUGUUGUUGUUGCUUAG